AUGACAGGUACUACAUCAGCGACAGGUAGUACAUUAGCAACAGGUACUACAUCAGCGACAGGCAGUACAUCAGCAACAGGCACUACAUCAGCAACAGGCAGUACAUCAGCAACAGGUACUACAUCAGGAGCUGGCAUGGCACUCACAACAGCUACACAAGCACAUCCAGUACAAGCACAUCAAGCACAAGCACAACGAGCACAUCAAGCACAAGCACAACGAGCACAUCAAGCACACGCACAACGAGUACAUCAAGCACAAGCACAUCAAGUACAAGUACAACUAGCACCAGCACAACAAGCACCACAAGCACCACAAGCACCACCACUACUAUGGAACCACAAAUUACCUUAUAUUGUAAAAGCACGAAAACUUGAAUACAACAAUAUAACAUUAAUUAUUGUACGAUUCAUAGAAUUAAAAUAG